AUGGCGUUCGCGGACCGGCGCUCGUCACCGCUCCUCCCGGCGCUGGGCGAGUGGCUGGAAGUGUCGAUCACAAUGACGGACGCCGCGGUUUCGACCUUCCGGGGCUCGGUGGACGCCGUGCGGCCCGACCUCGCCGCAUUCUGGAUCAAGUACGAGGACGGCGAUAGGCUCCGCCACUCCAUCGCCGAGUACUCCUCGAUGCGGAAAAUUGAGGCACCAAUGCGCACGGACGAGAGCGAGGCGCACGCAGAGCCGCCUCCUGAUGGCGGAGCAAAGAGGGGCGCGCAGCGCCGCGAUUUGGAGCUUGCGCGUGGCUGCACCGUCGAAGCCUUCUACGCGCGUCGGCUCCAGGACAAGGCCAUUCGCGAGACUGCGGUGGGCACCCCGCCGCCACCUCUCGACCUCGGCCAGUAUGCGAGGCUCUCCGACACGCAAAAGCUGCGCGUGUACACCGCGUACGUCGCGCACGGCGGUGACCAAUCGGCUUCGCCACCGGGCUACGUCGUCGAACGCCGGUCCGAUGGCGCUCGAGGCUCCGAACGGCCCGGAGCGGAUGCAGCAGCGGCCGGAGCGGAGCCGGCGCCGGUGGUGGAGGUGGCGGAGGGCUUGCGCUUGCACGUCUCUAGCAGCAACGCGACUGGCUACGUGGGCGUUGGAAAAACUCACUCGCGCUUCAUGGCACAGCACACAGUGGCCGGAAGGCGGGUCUUCCUCGGCUGCUUCGAUACAGCGGUGGCGGCGGCGGUGGCUUACGCGAGGGUGGUCGGCGAGUACCACUACCAGCCUCCGGCGGUGGCCACCGAGGCGGAGGGCCUACGGUUGCAGCUCUCCAGCAGCAGCGGUACCGGCUACAGGGGCGUGCGGAAGCGCGCCUCCGGCCGCUUCCAGGCAGAGCACAAGGUAGACGGCGGAGGGCGGGUCUCCCUUGGCACCUUCGCCACGGCGGUCGAGGCGGCGGUGGCUUACACUCGUGCGGUCAGGGAGGCAGAGGGUCAGGAGGCCCCGCCCCGCCCUGCAAAGCGCUCGCUGAAACCGGCCGACGCGCCGCCGCCUAAGCGGCGCUCCACGGCCGCUGGGCUCUUGGCUGCUUCGGUGGCAGAGCCGCGGCUCCAGCCACACCCGAUUGGCAUGCCGCCAGUCGUGCAGGCCCUCGAGCGCGUUGGGCUGCCGCAGUACGCCGACGCAUUUGACGAGCAGGGCUACGAUGAUCUCAACUACAUUCUCGAGAUGGAUGCUGCGGAGCGGGAAACGGUGGCAGAGGAGACGGGGAUGCGACCGGGCCACGCAGCCAAGUUUGUCAAGUGUGGUUUGGGAGUCGUUGGGACGCCGGCCGACUGA